AUGCUAACCAGAUUAUCUUGUCGAACUUAUGAUGUCCAUGAUCCAAAGAGUUCAGCAAGACCUGCAGAUUGGAAGUAUCAAAAUCGAGUCUCUACCUCCUGGCUGUCUCUAGAGUGUACUGUUCACAUUAAUAUCCACAUCCCACUGUCGGCUACUUCUGUCAGUUAUUCUCUGGAAAAAAAUACAAAGAGUGGACUUGUACGCUGGGCCAAGCAAAUAGAAAAUGGUGUUUAUUUGAUUAAUGGACAAGUUAAAGAUGAAGAUUGUGACCUAUUAGAAGGACAGAAAAAAUCUAGAGGAAAUACUCAAGCAACUGCUCAUUCUUUUGAUGUCCGAGUGCUAACACAGUUGCCCCUGAGUUCAGACCACAGAUCCACAGCCACAGUCCAGAUUUGUAGUGGCUCUGUAAACCUCCGGGGGGAUGUGAAAUGUCGAGCUUUCAUCCACAGCAACAGACCCAAGGUUAAAGAUGCCGUGCAGGCAGUGAAGAGAGAUAUUUUGAACACAGUUGCUGAGCGCUGUGAAAUACUUUUUGAGGACCUGCUUUUGAAUGAAACUCCAGAAAAAAAAAAUUAUGAACUUCCUCACCGAGUUUUUGUUCCCCUUCCUGGAUCCGCUAUAAGGUUAUGUGAUUAUAAAUUUGGUGAUGAAUCGGCUGAAGAAAUCAGAGACCAUUUUUCAGAGAUGUUAGAUCAUGAGAUUCAAGUAGAAGACUUGGAAAUUGCAGAGGAAGUAAACACGGGUAAUUAAAAUCUGCUUAGACCUCAUCUAAAUUCACCGUGCCUUCCUGUUUUCUUAAAGCUAAUUCUGUUUGAUACUUUAAAUAAUUUGUUUGUUUGUUUUUUGAGACAGGGUUUCUCUGUAGCUUUGGAACCUGUCCUGGAACUCACUCUAUACUCCAGUCUGGCCUUGCCUCUAUACUCCUGCCUCUGCCUCCCAGUGGUGGAAUUAAAGGCCUGUGCCACCACCGCCUGGCAAUACUUCAAAUUAUUAACUUAGUGUGUACAAACACACACAUAUGACAGAUCUCUACACAUAAAAACAUACAAUGAGUAUUUUCUUUGGAAACUACCCAAACACAUCAAGCGUUAUUUGAGUCUAGCAAGUGAAUCUUCAUGAGACAAAUUCAGCUUUAAAUGUGUGGAAAUAUGUAGCUUUCAGGAAUUAAUUUCAACAUGAGAAAAGUUUUUUUUUAAGCUGUUUUAGAAAAUUUUCUCUGUUUAAUUUGUCAUUUUUUUUAUGUCCUUGUUGUAUAAGGGGGACACUAAAGUACGGUGGGCAGCUGAAGAAAUCAUAUAAAGAUGGCUUGGAUAGAGCAUAGACUUGAUACUGUCCAGUUGUGAAGCCCAGGGAUUCCGCUAGCCUGUGCUCAUUUGACCUGACCUUUGGGAGGUUUUAUUUGAUUUGCCUUUUAGUUUUAUUUUCAAUAAGUAUAAGAUAUAAAAAUGUGUAUGUAAAGAAAUGUCCAAAUAGAUGUUUCUAAAUAUUAUGUAA